AUGGCAGAUUAAAGUAAUAGAUCUAAAUAGUCUGGAUAAAUUAGAUUUAUUAGAUAUCAGAAUAUGUAUAAAUUUGGAAUACAAAUCAGAGAAGAUUUAAAUCUUAUAAUUAGCUUAUAAGAUAGAGACAAGAUCAAUAAAUAAUGA